AUGGACAAAUUGACACGACAUAUUCAAGGGGAGGUGUCGUGGUGUAUGUUAUUUACGGAUGACAUAGUAUUGAUUGAUGAGACGCGAAGUGGAGUUAAUGAUAGGCUGGGAGUUUGGAGAGAGGCUUUGGAGUCAAAAGAUUUCAAGUUAAGCAAGAAGAAGAUAGAGUACCUGGAGUUUAAGUUCAGCAAUGUGACUUCUGAGGCAAAGGUAGAAGUGACGAUUGAGGCACUAGUCAUUCCUAAGAGAGGCAACUUCAAGUAUCUUGGGUCUAUAAUCCAAGGAGAUAGGGAGAUUGAUGCUGACGUCGCACACCGUAUUGGGGUGGGAUGGGCAAAAUGA